CACACACACCUUAAUAUUUCGCCUCCCCUGUCAUUGUAAUGAAGCAGCCCAUCCCACUCCCGCUUUAAAUGGCUGUAACACGGGUUGGAAGACGCUUUCUGGAGAGACAAACAGCUUAUAAAGUGAAACAGGAGUAGAAAGAAAUCAUGUCGCAAAUGAAAAUGGAGUUUCCGUGUGAGAAGUUUCAAGAGAACGUGUUUGACCCGAGCAGAUGUCAGAACUGCUUUAAAUCCCGCGAGCUGCACGUGACCACGCGCGAGGACUUGGAGCAGGUUAAACCAAUCUACGCGAGCUGGCUCUGCAUCGCACCUGAAGGUCUGGACUUUGACAAACCAGUGCAGCGGUCCCGGAAAUGGCAACGUCGUUUUUUUGUCCUUUAUGAGAACGGCUGCCUAGAGUUUGCGCUUGAUGAGUUGCUAAGUACAAUUCCUCAAGGAACCAUAAACCUGCACCAGUGCAAUGAUGUGAUUCAUGCUGAGGAGAGGACAGGACAGAAAAACACACUGUGCAUCAUCACUCCAGAAAAAGAGAUUUACAUCCGUGGAGACAGCAAAGACAUCAUCAGUGGUUGGUGCGAGCAGCUUCUAGUCUUCAGACAGACCAACGAGCAAGGACGAAAAAGGAAAGAAGGAAGCUGGACGCCUGUUCUUUCAAAGGAGGAGGCAUCUACAAUGAAAUCUAUGUAUAGCAUUGAAGAUGCAAACACAGGAGCAGUAGAAGCCAAUAAACUGUGUAACCCAAGCAGAGAAGAUGAACCAAGUGAGGAAUCAGAGGAUAUGAACAUAGGCCAUGAUGUGAAGUUUACCACUGUUGAUGCGGAUUCCCUCAGCUCAGGAAAGUGGAAUACUCUGGACAUCAAGCAAACAACCUCUAAUGUAGACACACAUCAAACUAAGGAUGCGUCACUCUUUCAUCAUUUGACCUCUCUUCAUAGCCCUGAUCCAUGGAGGGCUGUGACCCCUGACUGGUCUCCAUCUAACUUGCAUCUCAACAGCAGUGCUUCCCACUCUUUGCACUGGCAAGAGGAUGAUGCAGAGAGCAAUGAUGAAAGACAUUCUAAGGUUUUAUCAUUAGCAAAGCACAUGACUCAAGACCAAGGAAAUACUGCAAAACUCCAAGCGAAGACACUACAAGAUGAGUGUGACAAGGUUUCUUGCUUCAUUAAGUGCAGCACGAAUGUGGAUGAGUGUUGGACUGAUGAAAACGAACAAACACGUCCACAGUGCACCAACAGAAGCCAAACUGCCUGCAUCCAGAUAAUGGAGAAAUCAGCAGGGCAGUUGGAAUCACCACAUAGCAACAUUACUCCUCACAGAAGACUGCAGACAGUGGAAGCCAAAGCUGCAGACUCUACCAUGACACCAGAUCUUUUGAACUUCAAAAAAGGGUGGCUCUUAAUGUAUGCCCAUGAUCAGUGGAGGAAGUACUGGUUCGUGCUGUCUGCUCAUAGCCUACGUUAUUACUUUGACUCUGUGUCAGAGGAGGCCUCACAACUGGUAGGAGAGAUUGACCUGACUACUUGUCAUAGAGUCACUGAGCUUCAUGAUCAGAGGAACUUUGUCUUUGAAAUAUGGACUCAUAGAAUGACCUACAAAUUGGCCACUGUGACUGCUGGGCUGCAACAAAACUGGAUGAAGGCUCUUACUAAGAAUAUUCAGGACCAGAAUGCACCAAAUGUUGCCAGAAUGGGAACUCACUCUGGCCCAGAUGUUACUCAAGAAUCCAUGACUUUGUCAUGCCCUGUCAAGGACAAGUGCCAUAAAAAACACAGGUUUGAUCAGUUUAGGAGGGGCAGAGAAAACCCUAAAACCUCCAGCUCCAUCUGGACUCAUAUGUUUACCCAGAAAGGAACCAGAGAACAAGAGAGGGUAGAGCAGAAUGCAGAGGAGAGCAUCAACAGAAGGAGGGGAAGAGAGGAGCGCAGGCAAAAGUAUACCAUUGUAAUGGGUUCUACAGUAUGCCUCUCAGAGGAGAGGAACAGUUCUACACAGGAGAAUCAGCAGCAAGAGAGAAUGAGGGAGAUUGAAAAAUGUUGGCUGAGAGUGGAGAAGAUGGCUAUCAGGGAGGAGAAAAGAGUUCAACUUUACCCAGUAUGCCAGGACUCUGUUGAGCCGAAGAAACUUCUAGAACAUUACAUGACAAGGAUGGAGGAACUAAAUAUCCAGUCAGAGUUGGCUAAUCAGGACUACUCACAAGAUCAUGGACAUAGCACACACUGCAGUUUAGGGGAGCAGACAUGUGAUCUUGUAAAAUAUUGGGAACUACAGAGAUUAAGUCCAGAUAAACAAAACCCCAGUCUGACUGACAAGUAUCAAGAGACAAACGGACAUCAUAUAAAAGAUCGAAAAAGACAACAGAUCAAUGCACUGGUGAUAAGUGAGGAUACUGAUCGCGAUCAAACCAUGUUGAAGCUUUUGUCUCAGGAAGCUGAGUUCCUGACUAGACAAAAUAAGGCCCUUAACCAGAGGAACCAAGAACUGGUAAACCAGCUAGCUGAAGCAGACCGAGAGAUAGACAGGCUUAAGGCUGAACUUGUCUAUCACUCAAAUGGCAACCAGUCAGAACGAGAGUCCAUAGUGGAGUGUUUGGAUUUGGAAUUUGCCAGGAGCUGUGGGAAACUCCAGGAGGCACAGACCCAGCUAACAAAAAUGGAAGACAGUCUGAUGUACUUUCAUCCAACUCUACAGCUAAAGGAGGCUACACUCAGAGGUCUGAAUUUUUUAGCUAUGGACAGUGAAUGCAAAAUGGCAUUUCCAGAUAUUAUUGAUCGACUCUGUCAGUGUGUGCAAGUAGUGGAGUUAAAAGUGUGUGAGCUGGUGAGCCAACAAUGGCUUUCAACUAUGACUUGCAACGAAUUGCAGUCUCAGAACAUUCUUAUGAAAUUUGAGGUUAAUGAUCAUCAGCAGACAAUGGAAAAUUAUAUGAAAAACGAAAUGUUACAAAGGGAGCUAGAAGCUAAUAUACGUCUCUGUAAAGGAGUGACAACCACAAAAGACCAGCAAUGCCAGAAUAGAAUAGAAACAGUUGAAGAGCUGAAGAAGAGGUCCAGUGUGUUUGGGUUUUUACUCAAGGUCGUCAGUCAACUAGCUGGAAAUGUCAAUGAAUCUGUCUCAGAGCAUGAAACUGCACAGAUCAACCCCAAAGAGUUAAGCUGGCUACAGAUGAAAAGUUACAUUUGGCAAAGCUUUGUGAACCAUUUAAAGGCCACUACCUCUGAUAGCAUGGAGAUUAAGUAUGCUGACUGUCUACUACAGAGUGCUGAAAUAAAACUAGAGGAAGUAAAAAUGUACCAUUCAGCCCUCUGCAGAAAUUUAGGACUUGAUCAUUCAGGUAAUACAUCAACCCACCCUGACAUUAUUGAAAUGGAUGAUGGAAAAAUAGAGAAGGAAAAAAAGCAUGUGAUAUGGAAAGGUCUUAAAGAGCACAUAGAAAAGAGUUUGAUCCUGAUUGAUCAUUUAACAUCCAAAGUCGAAUCAUUCACCAGUAAUGCAAAUCUUUCUAAGAAAGCUGUACAGUGUCUCAUCUGGAUGCAAAAAAAUGCAUUCUCUCCGAUUAUCAGCAUAGUCAUGGACAUCAUGGCUGCUUAUUUGAUAGAGAAGCUGAGUCAUCCUGUAAUAAUGCAAAAACCUGUAGCAAUACAAACCGAAAAACAAAAGAUGAUGCUGGAACAGGACAACAUGGCUGAGAUCAGUGAAGGUCCUGGACGAGAAAUUAUUUCUAAUUUGAAAAGUCAUAUUAAGGAAAUUGAGCACCUGCUAUGUGAAAGACUGACAUCUCUACAGCAACAUGAUGAAGACAAGCAGACACUCAAGGCUGCAUUUGAACAGGGCAUCAGUUUGUUAAAGGAGUCUCAUAGGAAAGAAAAAGAAAUCCUCCUCAAACACCAGCAAGAGCAGGAGAUGUUACACAAGGAGAAAGAGAGGCUUCUAACUGAAGAAGUGGCUGCCUGUCUAACUGUUAUUAAAGCUAUGAAGAGAGCCCAUAGCUCAGAACUGAAUAAAAUACUGCAGAAGGCAUAUCGGGAGAAAAUGUACAGUUGUGACACAAAUAUUGAUGUCAUACUGAAAAAUCACAGUGAGGAGUUGUCAGCAGUUCAGAGGGAGUUAUAUGCAUUGUCUGAGCAGUACACACAAAAGUGUUUGGAGAAUGUAUGCCUGGCUAAAGCUCUGCAGGCAGAGGGAGAUGCUUUACAGCAGUGUCAUUGCAAGUACCUAGCACUUAUUGCUCAAAACCAGGAGCUAACUAGUGAUCUUGUUAAAAAGAUCAUGAGAUGGUUUGCAGUUGCAAAGGAUGGUUGUGGUCAGCUGGGUGAUGACAGGGAACAGUAUGAACUGAUGAUCAAGCUCCAGGUUAAAGAGUUUUAUCAACAACAAGAAAUUGAUGCUUUAAAAACUGAACUCUCUGCUGCAAAAAUGGAUCAAAAGUUUGCUUCAGAAAAAAAUCAAGAAAUACAGACAGAACUGAGCUUGGUCAAGGACACUGCAGAACAACACAUUUCACAGCUCAAGGAGAAUCUGAAAUUAGUUUACAAGGCAUUAGAAGAGUCUUUAAACAAUGCCAGUUAAUGCAAUUGCUGCUUCCACCAGGCCUGCACCACUUAAAACCUGAAAAGUAUGAUGUUGCAUUUAAUUUUUACAUUUUAUUAAGAUACCCUGAACAUAGUUGUUCAGUGCAAAUGACAAGAUCAAGACCACUAAGCUGCCGCUGCUGUUUCCUUAAACAAAGGCCUUUAAAACCCUUAAUUACUCACUUGUAAGUCACUCUGGAUGAGGGCAUCUGCCAAAUGCCAUAAAUGUAAAUGGAGAGUCCUGACAGCCUUCAGUUGGUGUAACACAAAUGAAAGUAUAACUGUUUUAUAUUUGUGCACAUCACAGAAUGCCUUAUUAGGUUUUUGUGUCAUACACAGGGUUUCCAGUGAAUCGAUUUUCGACACUCUAAAAGAAGAAGGGUUCUGCAGAGAAUUAAGGGGGGUUUCAGGUUAAAAGGGUUAAAUAGGAAAGAUACAACUGAUACAUGCAUAACAUUUUUAAGGGUUUAUCCAGAAGGACAAAUAUUUACCCAACGAAUCUUUCUGUUGAUUUGUGUAUAUUUUGUUUAAUGCUAUUAAUAUCUUAUGGACUUAUGAACAAAGUCCAAAGGUUUUUUCUAGAAUUUACUUUUUAUGAAUAUUUUUCUGCAUAUUUCUUGUAUCUCUCCAUUAUUUUUUGUUUUGUAAUUGAACUGUAUAGCAAUUUAUUUUAUUAUCUUGAUUCUAUUUGUAAAUGUUGUUGAGGUAGAGUAUAUAAUUAAA